GCAGAUUAACGUAAUCAACACGGAAGCGGAUGUGCUGCUUGAAUCUUGCACAUUAACGAACCGACAGCGUGUAGCAUCCCGGUUAUUUGUAUUUGUAGCAGAAUCAGUGAAAACAGUUGUGAUUUUACGUGUGUGAGACACCGUUGCACGUUGAUUCUGUUAUCAUGGAGCUGCUGACAGAUACACUGUUUUGGAUCGGUGCUGUCACUGUGGCCUGGGUGACGGUGUGCACUCUGUGGAGUCUGCUUAACGGGAUUCGUGUGUGGAUUGUGGGGAAUGGAAAUUUGAUGAGGGCAUCCAAACUCGGGAAAUGGGCAGUUGUGACUGGGGCCACCGAUGGAAUCGGAAAAGCCUAUGCGGAGGAGCUGGCUCGACAAGGUUUUGCUAUAGUUCUCAUCAGCCGUACUCAAGAGAAGCUGGAUGAAGUGUCCAAAGAUAUCGCGAGCAAAUAUAAUGUAGAGACCAAGACCAUUUCUGCUGACUUUGGAUCUGUGGACAUCUACCCUAAGAUUGAGUCUGGACUGGCCGGACUGGAAAUAGGAGUUUUAGUUAACAAUGUUGGAGUGUCUUAUACCUACCCAGAGUUCUUCCUCAACAUUCCUAAUAUUGACAGCUUCAUCAACAAUAUGAUCAACAUAAACAUUAUGUCAGUUUGUCAGAUGACGCGAUUGGUACUGCCCAGGAUGGUUGACAGGUCUAAAGGAGUGAUCUUGAAUGUUGCCUCAGCGAGUGGCAUGUACCCAGUUCCUCUCCUCACCCUCUAUUCUUCUUCGAAGGCCUUUGUGGACUUCUUCUCCCGUGGACUUGAUGCUGAAUACAAAAGCAAAGGGAUUAUUGUACAGAGUGUGCUGCCAUUUUUUGUGACAACCAAGCUGAGCAAAAUCAAGAGGGCGUCUCUCGACAUCCCUACUCCAGAACGCUACGUAAAAGCCCAGCUGAGUACCGUAGGCCUGCAGACUCAGUCUAACGGUUACCUCCCUCAUGCCAUCAUGGGUUGGGUGACUACUGCUCUGCUUCCUGCAAAGCUGCUCAACAAAUAUGUUAUGAGCAUGGGGUUGUCCCAGCGUGCACGCUAUCUGAAGAAACAGAAGCAAGGUUAGAGACAGAAAAAAGGACAGACAGAGGGAUGAAGGAAUGGUGUGAUGAAAUGAGGGAACAACAACAAUCCUUAAUAUUUCUUCCCUUUUGCUGUUAGGGGGCCAAGAGCAGUCACACCAAACUGCUCCUGAUAAGUCUGUUUGAGAUGGUACAAACCAAGCAAUGUAUUUUCCAGACAUUAGAGUGGUGUAUUGAGUUGUUGCUAACCAAAACAUGAUUUGCUUGAACAGCCUUUGCUGACCAACGGUUCUAAUUAGUUCUAAUGGACAACCCAAGAAUAGCUGAAGUCUUUGUAAUGUUCUUUGUAUCCUAACAGUCACUAACAGCAUUGAUCAGCACAGUUUGUUUGGUUUUCUUUCAUGUUUAGAGAGAGUAAAUUUGUAGAUCUCUGGUAAUAGUCAUCUGAUGAACAUAAUAAUAAAAAAGUUCUUAACCUGAA